GGGCUAAAUAUCACGCCGAUAUAUCCCAACAAAAAGUCAUUGGUUUUGCUGAAGAGAUCAAAUCUCAUGGCUUUUCAAACAGUCAAAUAGAAAUCGAUGACAAAUGGGAAGCAAAGUAUGGAGACUUUUCUUUUGAUUUAAAAAAGUUUCCAAAUCCUCGCGAAAUGGUUACAAAACUCAAAGAAAUGGGAUAUCGAGUGACUCUAUGGGUCUAUCCAUUUGUGAACACUGAUAGUGAAGUGUUUGCCAAAGAGAGCCAAUACUUUAUAAAAGCCCAAAACGGUUCAACCGCUGUCAACGGCUGGUGGAAUGGAAAUGGAGCUCACGUUGACUUUACUAACAAGAAAGCCCAGGAAUGGUUUGUUUCGCGAUUAAAACACAUUCAAAACACAACGGGAAUUGAUUCGUUCAAAUUCGAUGCGGGAGAGUUAGGUUGGGUGAGCCGGGACUUCAAACUCAGCGAUCUCUCUAUUGAACAAACACCCGUCUCUUUGACUCAAUUAUAUGCACAAACUGUUUCCCAAUUAGGGAAUUUGAUCGAAACUAGAGUCGGUUAUAAAACACAAGAUUUGCCAAUAUUUGUGCGAAUGUUGGAUAAGAACUCUGAAUGGGAGUUGGCCAAAAAUGCGGUCAAAACAGGAGAGCCUAUAAUGAGACCCAUUUGGUGGAUCGCACCCAACGAUGUGAAUACCUUCUCAAUUGAAGACCAGUAUCUCGUGGGCAAUGAUCUACUCGUAGCGCCGGUUGUGACAGAAAAUGCGCGCAAAAGGAAUAUAUAUUUACCUUCGGGUCAAUGGCAAGACCACAGGGGAGUCCUUCACACCGGACCCACAACUCUCGUUGACUUUAAAGCAGAGUUAAACGAAUUGCCAUUUUUUUUCAUUCAAAAGGCUCCCAAACACUUUCCCCACUCGACUAAAGUAAUCUUGUGGUCAUCGUUCUCAUCGCAGUUAUUCAGAAAGUCUGAAAUACAGCUCUCCAUCGACAGAAGUGGAGCCCGAAGUGGGAAUAACUCAUGGCGUGAAACUGAACCAAACCUUAUGAUGUGGUCCAACCAUUCCCUCAUUCUUCGCGGGAAAUCUUCGAGAUGUUACAACUUGUUUAAGAAUAAAUUUUAUGACACUAUAGGAAUUAAAUAG